AUGGCGUCUCAGCAGAGCCUCGGCGGCACGGGGGGCUCACGAGCGGCCUUCAUUUUCGACCUGGGCGAGGCAACCCCAGGGGCCAACGCCCUCCUGCUCGCCAACCUGCAGCGCCACCAGCAGACAGCCCAGAUGAGCGUCCACCAGCAGCACGCCGCGCACCACCCCAGCUGCCCCCACGCGCCGCCGCCGCCUGCCCUUGCGGGCGCCGGCGUAGCGCCGCCACCACACGUGCGGCAGCACGGCGCCGCUGCGAGGCUCAACAGCCAGCUGCAGAGCUUGGAGGCCCAGGGGUCGCUGGGUGGCACAGCGACUGGCCCCGAAGCUGCAGCGGACCAGGGCUCGCAGCCGCCGCAGCAGGGCUCGCAGCCGGAGCUGGCCGCCGCCGCCACCGCCACCGACGCGAGCCUGCGCAGCCGCCUGGCCGGAUUUGCGCUGCGGGUCGGCGACAUGCUGCAGCCGCAGGGCGAGGCGCCCGGAGACGCGACGUGGGGCGAGCGCACAGCCAACGUACUGACCUCCCUGCCCUUCCUGGCCCUCGGCUUGCACAUGCACAGGCAGCGGCUGACCCCCGAGGGGCGGCACCACGCGCUGAGCAUGGCGGCGGUGGGCGUGGCUGCCACCGCCUACCACGCCGCCUCGGGCCGCGCCCGCCGCAUCGCCCGCAAGGUCGACUACUGGACCAUCGCUUACACCAGCACCGCCAUGGUCAAGGCGCUGUUUGCGGACAGCUGCGGGGUGCGGCGCGCCGCCAACCUGUCGCUGCUGGCGCUGCCCUUCCGCCCCUUCCACGUCUCCGCCGCCAACACGCUCAUCAUGCAGGCCGAGUUUGCGCGCCAGGCGGCCGGCAACAAGGCCGUGCGCGCCGACCUGCACCGCCACUACGCCGCCGCGCUGCUGGGCAUGGCCGCUUUCUUCGGGGAGGACAUGGUCAUGGACAGCGGCUACGGCGGCUUUGUGCACGCGGCCUGGCACUGCCUGGCCACCUACAGCAUGUACACCAUCAACGGCCUGCUGGGCCACAAGGAGCGCCAGGUGCUGCGCCGCCAGCUGGCGCGCCAGCAGGGCGCCGGCGCGGCGGGCAAGCCGCUGCGCCGCCCCGUGCACAGCAGCGCCUCCAGCCUGCCCAGCUACGGCGGCGCCAAGCGCGGCGGCUGGUCCACGGGCACCGCCUCGCCCUGA